UUCCAGACGCCAGGGUGUCGAGGCGAUGAGCUAUGGUCUGAGAAGAAAAUUCCGAGCAAGUCUAUGUGUUUACAUAUACCCAACUUUCAAGAUCGUACUGGAAUUCAAAAGAGGAAAGUGCUUUUUAAUUCUUGUUCUUGUUGGAGAACACAGUCUUUGUAAAUAUUCUAAUUGUCAACAAUACUGGACAGUGUUGCUUGAACUGUAACGUUACUGCGAUUGCGAUUGCUAACCUAGGUUAACUAGCUUAGCUAGGAUUCUUUCCAAGUUGGGCUCCUGACAAACUGACUUGGUGAUAUAGCACCUAUCCAACACGCUGCUGAAAUGCGCUAGCUAGCCAACUGGCUAUAUUGCUUUUCCAGUCAGUGAUUGGAUCAAUGAUGAUUUAUGCGCUAAUAUCGCCGGAGUUACACGAACAACUCCUUGAUCACGAGAACUACCAGAACCGAACAAAUGGGGUAGAAGAGCUGAAGAACAUUAUUUCAGAGCUGGACUUGAAAACCGUUUCCUCUGACAGUAUUGUGGAAUUCAUCAAUUUUUUACGUAGACUUCUGACUGAUACAAACUUCAAAGUCUUGUAUGGCACUUUACAGGUUAUCAGCCUCCUGGUUCAAAAGCUGGACUAUGCCGUGGACAGACAUUAUAAACAGAUUGUAUGUGUGGCCCUCAAAACUUUGGGGGACGCACGGACUGUUCCCCGGAAUGAGUACAUGAAUAUUUUUCGUCACCUCAUGAGGAUUGUAGGUCCACAGAAAGUUUUGGAACUUGUAAUAGGACACCUAAGGCACAAAAAUUCCAGAGUCAGGGAAGAUGUCAUCAACAUCAUCACAGCUGCUAUGCUCACACACCCCAGAAAAGACUUCAAUAUCCCCAAUCUGUGUUCUGUAGUGGCUCCUUAUCUUGCAGACAAUAAAAAGAGGGUCCGACAUGCUGCUCUGGAGCUCUUUGCUGUUUUUGACUACUGUCUUGACACAGGAAAAAAACAGCCACUCAUGAAGGCCAUUAACAGGUUGGACUUCACUGGAGAUGUGGAGGGACUUAUGGCUGCAGUACAGGCACGAAGAGCCAGGCAUAUUCUCCCCCGAUUGUCUGCAGAUGGUAUGGUGGAAUACGCACUGGUCAUCCCCAAGCCUGGUCAACGGCGAAUGCCUCAGUUUGGCUCUGAAGCUGACCUGAACUGGGUUAUUAAUGGAGGCAGAGUUAACAGUGCACAGAGCCACCACACAGAACCAGAUUCGGAUCGACUGAGUGGCUAUGGCAGCUUUGGUUCUCUUACAGAUGACCUCCAGUCACACAAGAGAGUAGUUAGCGCUAGGAAGGCGAAAAACAAGCUACCCUGGGAGAGGUCUUGCCUCCCAUGUUCAGUAAACAAGCAGCCUUGCAGUGCAUCAAAUGCAAAGUUAUCUGAUAAGUUUAGUGUGGAAGAUCUCACUACCUCCUUGAGGCUGAAUCAGGAAACCUGUGGCACAAACUCUGAUUCAGUAGAGCCUUUCCAGCCCGAUGCUCCAGGAUGGAAAAGAGAGACAGUGGGUAGGCUUUGUCGAAGCGGUAGCCUUGGUGCGGACCCAGAUAUUUUAAAAGCAGCUAAUCUCAGUGAUUCUGACAGAGGUUUGCCCAAAGCCAGCCGCUUGCUGUCUGGUAACCCCAGUGUAGAGCGCACCUUUUCAGUUCCUUCCAAUCCAACCCCCCCCGGGUCUUUUCUGCUGCCCUCCUACCCUCUGGCCACUCUUCCGGGAGUGCAGCUGACUCCCACCCUGCCUCGUAGGUGCCAUGCAAACUCCUCACUGUCCAUGUCCAAUACAUGGCCCAACAAGCGGGAUACGAUCCCUCGUCACAGGGACCCCAGCUCAUGGGGGGAUAAAACAGGUGAAGUUGGAUCCAACAGGUGUUCCCCACUGCCUGCGCGUACUUUGUGGGCGAGCACCAUCUCAUCACCAUCUCAUCAUCCACCCACCUCCCCGGUCAUACGGCAAUCCGUGCAGGAUACCUUGCAGCAAGAGCUGCCUGAUAGGAAUUCCCACCAAGAUGAGGAGCCAGUGGACAGGGAGGAGAUGAUGAACUCCCUUCGCUACUUGCGUAAUAAUGUGGCUAAGAAGCGAGCCAAGGUAAGCGCGAGUGGCUCUGACCCAGAACCCAACAGCCCAGACUCUGCUGUGAAGCUGGAGCCGAGUACAGACUCCCCCUCUCACACCUCACCAUCUUUGACCAGCCCUCUGAGCGAGAGCAGCCUGUCCAGCCUCUAUUCACCCCCAACUUCCACCAUCACCAAUGGCACCAAGAUCAGCCCUAGGGACUCAGCAGCAAAAACUAUUGCUAGAGUACCAUCAGGAAGACAGAAAACUUCUUCCUCCAUGGAAGCAGGUCCUCAAGAUGUCCAACAGCAAGAAAAGGUUCUUUCUGAUUUGAGCGUAAACGUAGUAGGUCAGAGAGUAGCAUACUGUAAUGGACCAGCAGAGAAAGCAAUGUCGCCUCCACAAACCAGGCCUGCUGGUCGAGAGCCUCUCCGUGCCCUCAGGCCUGUCAAAGGAUCUCAAAUGCAUAGCAUUCAGGACAUGUCGGAGGGAGUAGUUGGCAGAGGAGUUUUUGGCUUCACUGGUGCUCCCUGCUACCCUGGAGUGACUCUGUCCCCAGAACAGGAGGAGUUGGUAAGAAAACCCCCCAGGGAGCCACUGAUUGGGGUGUAUGGCCAUGCUGUUUCAGCUGGCCAUAUGGAUUCGGAAGAAAGCACUGAGCCAGAAAAAGCAGCGGAGAGGGUAAAGCUGUCUAGGUUUGCAAGGGAUAAGAUGCAUCAACAUCGUCUGGAGCAGCAAGAAGUUCCGCCUAUACAGGGGGAGUGGCAGAACAUGCAACGAUUGAAGCAGAACUUUAGACACAUAGCAUGUGACGUGGGCUCAGACGACGCGGCAUCUCUGAAAGAUUUGCAGCUCAACGGUAGUGUUCUAGCAUCCACGAAGGCUGAACUCCUGGAUGAUUUGCCCUCGAGCCCCAACAGCACACACACACCCAGAAGCCUGGUCAAAAGUUUGAGUCCCCCCAUUCAUCCCAGCCCUCCCACGGCUCCUUCCAGACGCAUGCUGCCACGACGCCAACAAGCCCCCAGUCUGAACAGAGCAUGUCCACCCCUUUCAAACUGCUCUGAUGAACUCACACCAGGAACCCCCAGGAAGAAUCCCCAUGAGCAGCUGGCUUUGCGGCCGUUUUCUAAACCGGACCUUGCUCUCACUCAGAGCUUCAGACUGCUUAGCUCUGAUGACUGGGAGAAGAAGAUUGAUGGCCUGAUACUCAUGCGUAGUUUAGCACGGUAUCACUCUGAUGUGCUUAGUAGUAGGCUUCAUGAUGUCUGCCUUGUUCUUAAUCAAGAGGUUCAGAACCUACGCUCUGGAGUGUCACGCGUGGCGGUGGUGACCUUGGGAGAGUUGUACUCUGGCCUGCAGAAAGGUAUGGACCAGGAGGUGAAAGCUACAGCCAAGGUCCUCCUCCACAAAGCAGGAGAGUCCAAUGCUUUUAUUAGGCAGGAUGUGGACACAGCCCUGGACUGCAUGGUGCAGAACUGCACCCCCACCCGAAGCAUGAACGCUCUUCUCGCUGGAGGACUCGGUCAUUUGAAUGCUGUAGUAAGAAAGUGCACUUCUCAGCAUUUGGCUACUCUGAUAGAGAAGAUUGGUGCUGACCACUUAUUGUCUGGGACAAAAGAUGUGACUGAUCGAAUUCUACCUGCAGUCUCCAAGUUGGCGCAAGACUCUUCCCAAGAAACCAGGUACUUUGGUCGCCGCAUGCUACUGUUCCUGUCGUCUCAUCACGACUUUGAUAAGAUGGUGGAAAAGUACAUCCCUACCAAAGACCUGGCCACCAUCAGGGCCACUGUCCUCACUCUGAAAUCCAAGGUCCCGGGUGAGAAGCCUCAGGAUACCCCUUCAGCUCGAGGCAGGCGCUAUAUCCCUUGCGGUGGAAUGAGGCAUGCCUCCUCUCUAAACCGUCAACCUCAGAUUGUCAGCAGCAAAGACGCCAGCAAGCACAGGUCCACAGCAUUGCAGACAAGACCGGAUCCAUAAUGCACCACGCCCCCUAGCGGGCACGCAGGCAUCCCCAGACGGGCAUACUCAAAUAAAUUACUUGAUAAAAUCGAAUAUUCUUAAAGUACAGUACAUUUACCAAGGUGGAUCUUGUUGAUAAAGUUGCAGGUAAAUAUACAAUAUACACAGUGUCUAGUCUUUUAUGGAUGUGUAUACAGAAAAAUUCUACAGUUGCUGAUUUAUGUACAUUCUACAGUUAUAAUUACAUUUGUAAAGAAACAAAGUUUCAGGAAGCCAUAAGGGCCAUGUUUUGAGUCAAGAUAUACCAGAAAUUACAUAAUUACUUCAAGCAAAUGCCAGAGAGUAAUCCCAUUUGAAUAGGAUCUCGUAUAUGGGAUAGUUACCAAAUGCAGUCAUUUUAAUUGAUUGAAAUCAUUGUAGACUGAGAACAUGCUUCUGUCAUAAAUAAAUAUAGAAUUAAUGAGAAAUGUUGUUACUUGCUACAUAGAAGGAUGUGAAAAGUAGUUAUAGUUAAAAAUAAUAAUUAUUUAAUUAAACCAUGCAUGUUCCAUGUUCUUUAUGUUUCUAAUUUUCUGCCUCAUGAGGUCCUGAGGAGUUCGAGGUUACAGAGCACUUAGUGGUUGAUUUUUCUUUUCUUUUUAUCAUUUUUAAAACUUUCUUUUCUUUUUAAAGAGCUGGUUAGGGAGCUGGUUAGGGGCCCAGCAUUGCUGGAUUGUGCUGUUUCCCAACCUUCCAAUAUCCACAAGAGCCUAAAAGAGUUUGUGAAGAACCUCCCAAUCCCCUGAGAUCUGCCACCCAGAUUUCCAGACCAAAACAAACCCCAUCUGACAAAAACAUGGAUUUUACUUGAAGAUGGAGAUGUUGUUGCAUUUUUUACCUUGCCUGCACUUUAAAUUAAAAAGUGAGACAAUGAAAGUCAAACUUUUUAAUGUUUUGAAUUAGCAGAAAGCUAAAUCCUUAAAGAUUUUAACUAAUGGUAUCAGGUUCAACACUCCUAGGAGCACUACUCUUUUUGCACUUUGAAAUACUAACACUAUCAUUAUAACUGUUGUCAUGGUGACUAUAAAUAUAUAUUGUUCUAUGACUGUUGUUGCUUCCUGUUGACAUAUCCUGAGGUAAUCGUGCAGAAUGUAAUUUGUCGCAUGCACAAGGAACAAGGAUGUAUAUUUUGUUGUUUGGUAUGCGUAACGAGACUUUUCAAUGGGGAGUCUUAAAUGGUUGUUUUAAAAUUAAAAAUGUUAUAAUUUACAAAAUUACUUUUGUACUGUAUAGCUAAUAAGUGUAAUGGCACAGUAUUAGCUUAUUAUAUGCUGUAUGAUGUUGCAGUAUGUAAUGUACAUUUUGCGCAUAGAUGAACAAUCUUUUAAUGAGUUACUAACUGAUUGAUUAUGGCCUAUGUUAUAAGUGGGACCUGUCCUAGUCUUUUGCAUGACCACAUUUAUUGGUGGAGUAAAAAUAAUUUGUACUUUAGUCAAAUUAGUCAGAUAUAUUUUCUUGCACAGAUGCCUGAAUAACUUUGGAUGUAAAACAGCUGUAUUUUUGGUGAAUGGUAACAAGCAAAACACUUGAUGAAAGCUAUCAUCAGACUAACAGAUGCGUUUAUAGUAAACAAUUAAAUUCAUGCCCGGAGGUGUAAUUCUCAUUCUGUAUAGUGCCAGUCUUAGCUAUUUCCAUAUGUAAUGUUAACUUAUAUGGAACAUGUUUCUCAAGAUGGUGUAAGACAGAGAUUGAUCUAUAUAAUAAAGUUUUUAUUUAUGUAAA